GAGGUCGAGGGCCACAGAUGGCUCAAACAGGAGCUGGGCUCUUUGUAUGAACUUCUGCAGUCCGUGAACAUCAGCAACAGUAAAGCAGAGCAACCAUGAUAUUCCUCAUGGACCUGCAGAUGAUGCUGCUGGACAUGAUUUACUUUAUCCUGCGCAACACCCUGCGGAUCGUGCUGCGGCCACGCAUCAAGCCCAUUGAUGGCGAGCUGGUGCUGAUCACCGGGUCAGGAGGAGGCCUAGGUCGACUCUUCGCCCAGGAGUUUACAAAGCAAGGUGCCGAGGUGGUGCUGUGGGAUGUGGACACUGCGGCCAAUGAACGCACAGCCAAGUGGGUGCGCGAAUUGGGAGGCAAGGCGCACACCUACACUGUGGAUGUCACGAAAAGAGAGGACGUGUAUCAGAACGCGGAUCAGGUGCGGAAGGACCUGGGCCGGGAUGUCACCAUGUUGGUGAACAAUGCCGGAGUGGUGGCUGGCCAACGAGUGCUGGACUGUCCAGACGAGCUCAUCGAGAAGACCUUGAAGGUCAACUGCCUUGCACUUUUCUGGACAGUAAAGGCCUUCCUGCCUCAGAUGAAGGCCCAAGAUCACGGUCACAUUGUGACCAUCGCCAGCGUACUAGGGCUCUUCAGCACAGGCUGCGUUGAGGACUACUGCGCCAGUAAGUUUGCUGCAGUGGGUUUCCAUGAAUCGCUGGCUCAUGAGCUGUUGGCUGAGAAAGUGGAGGGGGUGAAGACCACUCUAGUGUGUCCUUACAUUGUGGACACAGGGAUGUUUGAAGGCUGCAAGAUAAGAGAGGAGAUGGAGCUGGUCCUGCCCCCUUUGGAGCCUCAGUACUGCGUAGAGCAAGCAAUGAACGCCAUCCUUAUUGACCAACCCCUAGUGUGCAUACCACGUCUAACCUACCUGCCUGUCCUCUUCAGAGCGUUGCUACCAUGGGAAUCCAAUGUCGUUUCCUAUCGUUUCAUGGGCUCUGACAAGUGCAUGUAUCCCUUCAUUGAGGCCAAGAAGAAACACAUGUUAAAUGGUGUCAACUCGGUUGCAUAGAUUUUUCAUGUCGGCAAGAUAAAAAUAUAACACAUUUCACACGGAAUGUCUUUCUGCACUGUCUAAUUAAACAAACAAAACAACAGCUCUUGCAUGAUUCACUCAAACACUGAGGGUCCGAACAAAUGCAGGUGACAUGACGACUCAGACAAGUGGUUAUAAUCUCUGCAGUUUUGUUCAAUCACCAAAAAGAAAAAAAGAAAUGACAACUAAGUGCUGUGUAUGUGUUCAUCCAAUUAAAGUGGCCUCUAGUGUCUAAAACAGUGAUUGUGAUUUUCU